AAACGAAGAACGUAAGCCUUCUUGCUUCAUCUUCUUCUUCUGUCCAUUCGUACUGUAUUCAAAUAAUCAUUAAAUUCCAUAGCCCUAGGCCUCAUCUUCUUUUAGUUUCCCCCUUCUUGUCGGCUGUCUUCGAGCAUCAAACUGCUUCUGAAUUUCCGGUACUAAAGGGAAUAUGAGGAUGUGAGGAAGCUUUCUUGAAAGGAUUUGGAAAAUUGUUGGUUAGUGGUUUGAUAUUUGAAUUCAUAUUUAAUGGGUGAAGUAGGGAAUCAAGAGAUGGAUAAUUUAUCAUCGGUAAUUGCUCAAACUGAUAGUGUGGAACUGGGUAAUGUUGUUUCAUCUGAUGUUCCUGCUAAGAAACUUGCUAGGCAGCUGGAUUUUACGGGGAUUGGUGGUGCAGUUUUGCCGGAGCAUCCUCAUUUUCAGUCUCGGAGUCGGUGUCAAGAAUCAGAGUCACCUGCUGUCAUUGUGGUGCAGAGUCAGUCGCAGCCACAGUCCCCACAACAAGUGGUGGUUUUGCCCAUUGGAACUAAAGCGCCUCUUCCACCUGCCAGAAAGCCAGAUUCUCCAAAGUCAAGAUCAAGGUCUAAUGUUGAAACAAAAGAUGCUACUCCAAAGAAACAAAAACAGUGCAAGUUGUGCAACUGCAAACACUCACGCUGCUUAAAGCUGUACUGUGAGUGUUUUGCAUCUGGAGUGUACUGUGAUGGUUGCAAUUGCACAAAUUGCCAUAACAAUGUCGAGCAUGAAGCGUCAAGGAGAGAGGCAGUUGAAACUACUUUAGAGCGUAAUCCAAAUGCAUUCCGACCAAAAAUUGCUAACAGCCCACAUGGAACACGAGAGAGCAGGGAUGAGAUUGGAGAGUUAGUAAUGCUGGGAAAGCACAACAAAGGAUGCCAUUGCAAGAAAUCAGGUUGCUUAAAGAAGUAUUGUGAGUGCUUUCAGGCCAAUAUUCUCUGCUCUGAAAACUGUAAGUGCAUGGACUGUAAAAAUUUUGAAGGCAGUGAAGAAAGACAAGCUCUUUUCCAUGGGGACCAUGCCAACAACAUGGCUUAUAUUCAACAGGCGGCCAAUGCUGCAAUAACUGGAGCUAUUGGAACCUCUGGUUAUGCUUGCCUUCCCGUUUCAAAGAAAAGAAAAGGCCCAGAGCUAGGCUUUGGCCCUGUAGGGAAGGAUUCCCCUCUCAACAGUAUACCACAACUUCAUCAGGCAAAUGAUAUAACGUGUUCAGGCACGCCUACGUCAUCUCCCUUCCCGGUUGCUCAUGUUGGUAGCCCUGUAGCAUCGGGGCCUUCAAAGUUCUCAUUCAGGUCCUUAUUAGCUGACCUCAUCCAGCCGCACGACUUGAAGGAGCUUUGCUCGGUUUUGGUGGUGUUGACUAGUGAAGUUGCCAAGAUCCAAGCAGAACAAAAAAGUGAUGAGAAACAAAUAAAUGAUCCACCACAGAUUUCUCGUGCUUCAUCUAGUGGAGAUGGGGUACAUCAUCAGAAGGCCGAAGAGAAAGCUGCAGAUGGUGAGUGUGGAAGUUCAAAUCAAAGUGAUCGGAGUGUACAUGACAAUUCCAAUUCAGAUAGUUCGGAUAUGACAAGAGCAGGGCAAAUGUCCCCUGGAACUUUAGCUUUAAUGUGUGACGAACAAGAUACAAUGUUCAUGGGAGCUGGUCUAGCUGAUGGGUCUGCUGCCCAUGAUUGCAACACGUCAUCACAUGUUCCCGAUAAGUCUCUGUCAGACGUUUACACCGAGCAGGAACGAAUUGUGCUGACAAAGUUUCGUGAUUGCCUUAAUAAACUCAUCACUCUGGGAGAGAUAAAAGAAACAAAACUCACUUCUAGAAGUGAAAGCGAAGUGGGGAAUCAAAAUCAGAGCAACAACUUCACCUCAAAUAGUGGGUGCCAACAGAGAUCUAUUAGCAAUGGGGUUGUAAAAAAUGUCGCUCUCUUGGCACCCAGAAUACCACCUAUCGGCACUGCAGCUCAUCAUCCGAAUAACGAUCUCCCGCUCAAAAUUCUUCCCGUACCUAAAAAUAGGAAGACUAAAUCACAAAUUGACAGAGAAGUGUAGAAAAAAGCCCAAGAAAGAAAGCAACUGGCGUGUUGCUCCAUCCCAUUGUUCAUUCAGGUUUGCUUCCUCAUUUGGUCUUUUCAAGUUAGUUAGUUGCCUCAUUUUAACGUAUAUUAUUCGUUUUUAUAUCAUCAUUAGAUUUCUAGGAGAUUUUUGUUUUCCAAAUUCCAAUCAUAGAUAGAGAUCUUGUAAUUGCUAAAUCAUUGUAAGAGAUAGAUAACAAAGAGCAAUAAUUCAUCCUUUUUUUUCUUUUUGAGGAAAUAGUCCAUUCCAUUUGAUGACCAAUGAAAUAAAAGAUUAGCAUCAUUAU